UUAUAUUUCCUGCUUCGAAAAUAACCUAAUGACUCUACGAGAUAAAGAUUCUUUGAUCACGAUAUUCUUUAUCCCUUAAGAAAUCUCUUAAAUACUUUAUAAAUACUUAUUUUUUUUUUUUUUUCAAAGGCUAAUCCGAAGAUCAAUUACCGGCUGUUCCGCAGCAGAUAAUGCCACAAACAGACAGACGCGCACAGAUUUUUUUCAGUGACAGAGGAAGUCUUAUAUAUACCGGGUUUUCAAUGUAAAAAAGAAACGAUUUGAAACAUUGUAAGAAUACCUGAAUCAGACGGCGCACAGCUUCCUCUCGAUUACACGUUUUUCUAUAACCGUAACUGUGCUUUCGAAUAUGAUGACAGGAGCAUUGAAACAUUUCUUUCUGCUUUUGACCAUGUUUAUGACUACGACAGCAAGUUACGAAGAAAAAUUAUCCUCUACAAAUACUCGCUUUCUGGAGCCUGCUGGCGUCAGGCACGAAGACUCUCGUGUACAAAGUCAAAGCCCACAUUUCAGAAAUACGCAACAUCGCAAUGAUAACAACAAACAAAUUUUAACUUCUUUCAGGGGACAUUCCGAUCAAGAGUCGCUUGAUAGACCCCCUGGGCUUAAACAUUUCGCUUCUGCUGAAGAAGACAGAAAAAUUCAUCCCAGAUUUCACCAAGGAUCUCAAACAAGAACGUUCCAGCAACAGCAGCCUAGACACGAGUUGCCAGAAACGCUAAAUUAUGAACGGUCAGUUGAUGCAGACGAUAAUAACGGAAGGAAUUACCAAAAUGUAAAUCCGAGUUUUAAUACCCAGAGCCGCACCAAAUAUCAACAUAGCUCUUUAGAUGAUGUGCCAAGAAAAUACGAAAGAGUUGCUAAUCAUCAACACGAUGGCAGAAUCCCGAUACAUAAAGAGGAAGUGCCUUAUUUUGUAGAAGAAAAAGGUACAAAUAAGCCAAUAAAGUAUGCUUCAGAUGGAACGCUAGAAAAUAGCAAAAGACAUGAGGAAAACAAAAAUAUUCAGGGUCGGAUACCAGCAGCCGAAUUGCAAUAUAAAUCCCCUGUGAAUGAUCCAUACCCAUCCAGAAAUUACAGGCAGUUUCAUUCAGAAAGUGAGUCAAGUCUUCAGCCUGAAGAUUCUGGAGAGUUCUCCCAACAUUCAAGACAUCCUUCGUUCAUGAUUAGGCAGCCUAUAAGAGGCGAAAUUUCUGAUGCUCGUGUAGCAAAGUCUGAUUCUAUUCGAGAGGAUGCAAUUGGAGGAUUUCCGGGAAAACAAUACAUCACUGACGUAAUUCAUCGCCAAUCAAAUCUUUCAGCGCGGAACUCGGCUUUGGAUGAAAAUGUCCGAAGGCCUUUUUCUGAAAAUAGUUACAGAAGCGAAGUUAAAACCCGUGAAACAACAGCUGAAACUGAAAUUGAUAUGCAACCCGCACCGUCUGAAAAUGAUGCAGAAUUCAGUCAAGAAGAACAUGAUGGUUUCCUGGACAUGGGAGCAUAUACAGACAAAAGAGGUUCAUUCGGUUGGUAUGCUGAUUUUCCCGUGGGGAAAGGCCACGAUAAACUAACCUAUUCCUUUUCAUAAUGUGGGCAUGAAUUUUUAUAAACAGGCAAAGAGCUAAAUUUUACCAUGUAUUAAUUCGUUCUUAAACCGUUAUGGAAAUUUCACAUUUUAUUGUAUUGAAAUGCCAAUUUUGUGUUGACAUUGCAAUAAGCCUGUUUCCAGAAAUUAAAAGAAUAUCACGAAUUAAUAAUAAAUAAAUAAAAAAAAAAAGCUGCAUCAAAAUAUUGAUGAAAUUUGGUGGUAUCUUUAAAUGAAUUAGUUUAAGAGCUGCUUAAAAUGGUUUACCAAGGAAAACCUUUUCGCCAAAAAAUUAUCUUAUAGAAUAACGCCUUCCAAAAAGGAAGUAUCAGAAUGCAGGAGACGAAGUACCUUGACAUACACUGGAACCCUCAUUUAGGAAGUUUAUGUCUUUACAGAGAUACUCCAUGCUCCUUAAUACAGUCACUCAUCUCAAUAAAGUUAACAACUACAGCUUAAAGAAAAUGCAAACUUUGCUGCAGUUCAUAGAACUAUACAGAGACAAUAACUUGGCAUCUAGUAUUCCAUUCAUAUUAAAUCAGAUUUUACAGAGGAUGUUUAGAACACAUUAUUGUAACGAUUUUGAUUUUCUCCGUGAAUUUAAAUAUUAAUUUUAAAAUACAAACGUGUCUGGUCUGGAAAAUAAAGUUUUAUUAUCGUCUGCAGCAUUAAAAAUAUUCUUUUCUUCAAAAUUUCGCCGAAAAAUAAACAAUAGAUCGAAGGCUAAAUUUUUGCGCUGCCCGAAGAGAAAUACUAACUCGAUUAUUAAAAAAGGACUGGAAAAGUAUGGUUUUAAUAUUUCUACACGUAAAAAUAAGCGACAUAACUAAUAUGAAAGGAAAGAAACGUCAGAGUUUACAUCUGAUUGAGAAAAAGUCAAAAAAUGCAUACCCAACAAAGGUACGUAUUAUUAAAUCUAAAGUCGCAUCUCAUGUUUUAAAGGAAAAUCCAGCUAUCAAAGAGCUUUGCAAAAUCUUUAAAUAUCUCUGUAAAAACAAAAUUAUAAAAUCUGAUUUAAAGCUAAUCGAAACGAAAAAACAUGAUGUUUAUCGCCUAACUUCGAAAUAUGUUUCUCGGCAUAAGACUAUGUGCAGAUUGCUGCACGAAAAUUAUUUGGCAGUUGAAAAAUGGAAAUAGUUAGUUAUACUUGAUGAAGCUUCGAUAUAUUUAUCUGACUGAAAUAGAAAAAGAUCCAUUUACUACCGAAAAAGAUUUAAUAUGUUGGUUUGAGAAACAGGAAAGAUUUUCUAACGGUUUCAUGGUUAUUAGUGUAUUCUCUUACAACGGAAAACUUAAAAUAAGAAAGGUAGAAAAAAUAUCAAAAUUAAUUUCGGUUACUAUCAGAAAUAUGUUUUAACGCCUAUUUUUAAAAAAGAAAUUCCAUCUCUUUUAUCCAAACAUUCUUCGCUGUGUUAAGUUCCGUCAGGAUAACGUCCUGAUCCAUACCUCUAAAUCUACUGCUCUAUCUUAUGGAAAAAAAAAA